AUGUCUCACUUCAAUCCUCUUUCCUCUAUCUUGAACCAAAACAAACCGGAAGGUCCUAACUGUGUGGACUGGGAAAAAAAUCUUGAUAUAGUUCUUACGUCUAAGGGUUUCAAAUAUGUGCCGGUUGAGGAACACCCAAUUAAACAAGCAGAUGUUGCUGAUGAGGAGAUCCAAGCCUAUGACAAGUGGAUAGAGCAUCAAUCUAUGACAACUGCUUAUGAUAUGCUCAAAUCUCUCAAAGAGAUGUUAGUAGAGCAGAAUCGUGCUGCAAAGGGGACUGCCAUGAAAGCCCUCUUGACAACCAAAAUGUUUUGCUUGAAUUAUAGCAUGAAUAAGAAGAAUUUGUCUCUUGAGAAACUGUUGAAUGAACUGACAGCGGCAGAAUCCAUUAUCAAGCAUCAAGCUUCUCCCUCUAUGGCAUUCAUGGUGUACAACCCCGUUGCUUCCUUUUCUAAAUCAACGAAAGCUCAAAAGAAGAAGAAGAAGCCUCGUAAGGUUGUGGCACUUGCAGAUGCCAGGGUGGUGUGGCUAAGCCAAAGGGCAAGUGCUUUCAUUGCAAGCAGUCUGGUCACCAUAAAAGACAGUGCCCCAACUAUCAAGCCAAAAUAA